AUGGCCAGAAGGCUGUCCCGAAUUUCUUUUAUUUACUGGGAAUUACUUGUAAUUUCUUGGGCUUCUCGGGUCCGAGCGCAACUCAUUCGGCUCUACUUAGACAUCUUCGCAGCCAUCGCCGGUGGCACUACGUAUUUGCACCAAGAUUUUGUUAUCUUUAGGCUUGAUGCCGCUCUUACUUUGAUUUGGGCCUUGCUUGAUGUUGCCGAAAGACGAGCUGAGCGAGAUUGCUCGCCCAUAGCUCAUCCUUCUCAAAUUACUUCUGCCUUGACCUACCUUCCUUUGGUCAUUGCGAGUCCAACGCCUCCCACUGGGCUUGGGACCGCGGGGCCAAGAAGUGCGUCUUCGUGUCUGGGGUUUGCGGAGGAAGCGCAAACAAUUUCCACAAUGAAACCAUCUGCCUCGAGACCUGCCGUGAUAUAUACCCCUUGGCUUUGUCCUAGGCCCUUUGUGCGCUUCCGAGUGGUAUUAACUGCCCCUAUUAUACGUAUCCUGAACCAUCUUUUUCUUCUCAUUUUACUUAGCCGCCCACCUGAUUAUGGCACCGGUUCUCAUCGUUAG